UGAGAACAAACAUAUUACCAUAUGGCAAAAACGUGACUGAAAUUUUUUCCCUUAGUCCUGAGGAUCAAACCUAGUGCUUCCUGCAUACUUGGCAAGCACUCUAGCUCCGAGCUAUGUCCCAGGCCUUAAACAACUUAUCUUUGGAAAUCAUAGGAGCAUGGGCUCUCUAGCCAUUCCCAGGAACUACUUAGUGUGCUUGUAUUUUCUCUGGACACAUAAGCAGCAAAGUUUUGGACGGCUGCAAAAAUCCCAUGGGGCUGCAACUAUGAUGCAUACUGGUGUCCACUAGACCUGUGCCGGAUGGUCACUUCAUUUUAAACUGUGGAAUGACAACAGCCUGUGUAAGCCCAUCUGCAUGACCGUCAAGGCCAGUAGGCAGGCAGUAGUUGACAGUGGGCAUUUUAGCUUUUGGAAACAUACAAUAAGCUGCAGUAGCAGCUUUGACUGUAGGGCUGGGAUCCCCCAAGGACCACUUAGUGCUGAACUCUCCAGAAAGGGAUGAUUAGGACACCAACUAUUUUGAGUACAGAUGCUGAUUACUCAGCUGAACUGAAUUCAUAUGCGGAGUCCAUGCAGCAAAGAACUUUCAGUAGCAACUUUACAUGCACCAGGAGGCAGAGGCAGGACUGAUAGGGAAGACCGAAUUUUUAAAAUGUCACUGUUGGACAGUGUUUACACCACUACCAGCUGUUGAGACCACUGAAUAACCAGAAGACGAACUUUUCAGGCCUAUGUGGUAAAAGUUAUUUCCAGUCUUUUUCCAAAAAUGGACUCCUGAAUGAAUCAUUACUGUAACACAGGAAAAAUGCAAAGUAAAGGCGGGGGGCAGUGGAUCAGAGCAAUCCUGGUGAGCACCCCCCAGAGGCCCGGCAGACGCCACAGAAGGGGAACCCUCUCACUGAAUAAAGCCCUGGCCUCGGCCCCUGCUACCUUGCUCCAGAGGCAAAGAAAGCACAACAAUUCGGGCAGCCUGGGCAGUGCUGCUGCGUGUCAAAAGAAGGUCUUAUUCUCCAGUCCCUUUCCGGCUAUCAUUCUCUCAGGUUGAACUGUUUUCCAAAUUUCUUGUGGCUCCAUAAAUGGCCAACAACAUAUGUUUGUGUGUGUGUGUGGGGGGGGCACACACUGGUUUGUUUUUAUGUGGAAAGAAAAAUAAGGGGCUAAGAUGUAAGACCUGGAGAGCAAAGCAUGUGGAGAUAUGCUCAGCCUCAGGUGAAGGGGCUCCCUGGGAACGGCAGUGGUGUCUCCCACAGUCUGUCAGGCCUUGCCACCCAGUGACCCACACCCCCUCCUCUGCUCUCCAUACACAAGCAUGACCCCUGCAGCUAUACCAACUAGACGUAACUGACAGUAGCUCUUUGACCACAGGGUGGUGUGGGUGGACACACAAGACUGUUCUCAACAAAAGUGAAACUGUCCACGGGAGGGCCUUUCUACACCCGGGAAGGGGAAGUAGAAGAGAUCUGCUGGGUAAACUGGGGGUGGGGGGUAGGAACUUGAGGGAGCGGGUUGGAGGCAGGACGGAGGAGGAGAGUAAUGCAAGAGACACCUUGAUGGAGGGGCAUUUUGGGCUUAGGGAGAAACCUGGUGCCAGGGAAACGCCCAGGAAUCCUCAAGGAUGACCUCUGCUAAGACUCCUAGCAGUAGUGGAGAGGGUGCCUGAACUGGUCAUCUACUGUAAUCAGAUUGGUGACUACCCUAAUUGUCAUCAUAGAACCUUCAUCCAGUAACUGAUGGAAGCAGAUGCAGAGAUCCACAGCCAAGCACUGGGCUGAGCUCCUGGAGUCUGGCUGAAGAGAGGGAGGAGGGACUUUAUAAGUGGGGGGAUGGGUUGGGGUGAAGGGGGAAUGUCAAGGUCAUGAUAGGAACACACAGACAGUUGACCUGAGCUCCUGGAAGCUCACGGACUCUGGACCAACAGUUAGGGAGCCUGCACGGGACCAACCUAGGCCCUCUGCAUUUGUGUGACAGUUGUAGAACUUGGUCUGUUUGUAAGGCUCCUAGCAGUGAGACCAGGACUGCCUCUGGCGCCUAGCUGACUUUUGGGAACCUGUUCCCCAUGAUGGAUUAUCUCGCCCAGUCUUGCAGGUGGAGGAGUUCAAUCCUGCCUCAACGUGAUGUGCCAUGCUUUGUUCAAGCCCAUGGAGAUGGAGGAGUGAGGAGGAGUGGAUGGGGAGGGGGGGGGGAGGAGGAGGGAGGGAAAACUGUGGUCAGUAUGUAAAAUAAAUGAAAAAAAGUUAAAUAAAAAAUCCACCGAACUCCAGACCUCUUUGAAGAUGAUUAUGGUGAACAGUUAUAAACACUAAGUACAGUAUUAAAUGUUCUUAACAUUCUCUCCCUCACCCUCCUUAAUAACCUUUUCAACUAAAUAACUUCUCAACUGUGUUCUUUAAGUUGCUUUAUCAAUUCCUCUUGUUAACAUACACUUCCUGUAUGACUGUCUUCGGCCUGCACAAAACACACCGAGAUGCUUUAGAGAGACUCGUAAAGAGGGAGCUGUGGAGACAGACUGGGGCUUCUAGAACGUAGGUACUGCUACGGGCAGAGAAGGAAGGAUGGCUCACUUUUAGGGUACUCCUGGAAGGUAGGAACAAGGUUCUUAAGCUGGGAAAGGAGAAGCUCCUAGAUUUACCACAGUGACUAUCAAAGAACCAUCCGACCUCCCACAAACCCUGACGUGCCCGUCGUCGUCACUCAUGUUGAUUCUCCAGGGCUGGGAAGGUCCUAGAGCACCUUCUGUACUUCACCGAUUGUCAUUCUGUGAGGCCCUGUACCCUACAUUUGUACCCAUUGCAUCCCGCCUCGCCUCCCUCUACCACCUUCUGCAGCCAUCUCUGAGGUUUCUCACCUGAUUCUCCCAAACACACAGUCCACUCUAAGAAGUUCUAUUGUGGUCUCAGUGUCAAAUCACCUUUCAGCAACAAACAAGUCAAAACUCAACAACAAAACAGCAUGAGAUAAAAUGUAGCCUCCAUCCAACCUGGAACUAUGAAACAGUGUCAGAACACCGAAUGAGGUACAAAUGCUGCUAAGAUCAAAGGCACACAUUUGGGAAAGGAUGCUCUGGUCUCCUGGCAUGUAGCUGCCACGUAUAGCAGUAUUUGUGGAUUUCAUAAAUUGGCUUCCUCCUUCCUGCUUAACCUCAUCCCUUUACAACACAGUUGUGCUUGCUCUAUUUAAAUGGACUGAAAAUGCUACAGAACUGUAACAGCAUCCUAUGUAAGCUAGCAGACUUCGAGAGUUUGAGUAUUAUUCUGGUCUCCAGUCAAGUAGCCGUUGUAUUACAGCUGAAGGAAAAUUCCCAUUCACAAACACAAUACUACAUGGCAGAACUCUAAACUCACUGAGAGCUCAGCCAGCAACUGUCCUGCUUUGGGAGGAUCACUCCUGUUCACCGUCUCUGCUCAUUCCUGCAAAAGCAUUUCUGGAAAUUACUGAGUGAUGGAGGCCAUUUUUCUCUAAAACCACAUAGGAAGUGCGGUUGGUGACUAUGGUAACAGAUAUAAAGUGCUUUUUACUUAUAAUUGAACACUUAUUUAAUACAACAACCAUUCUUUUUUUUCUAUUGAAUUUCAAAUCUAUUGAGUUAGAAUAAAACAAAAUAAGAAAAAAAGAAAUAGAGGAAAGAAAAAAGAUACUUGAUACACUUAAAAUACUCCAGCUUCAUUGUGGUCCAUUGGUAUUGUAGCUGGGUGGGACUGAUUGCUACCCGCACUUGGAAGUUUCCAUAGUACCUUCUAGUACUAUGAAAGCUAGUUUUCACAGGGCGGAGGCUUUCAAGUCAGAUGCAGCUUGGGUCCUCCAGGUCUUAUUUCUGAAGAGCAUGGUGUCUUUAGCAAUUAACCUUCAACUUCUGAGAAGCAACCAACGGCAAUAGCUUUUAUUGUUUUAGGUGUCCCUAAGAUGCCCCUAAAUAACAUCUUUUUUUUUUCUUUUUUUCUUUUUCGAGACAGGGUUUCUCCGUAUAGUUCUGGAGCCUGUCCUGGAUCUCACUCUGUAGACCAGGCUGGCUUCGAACUCACAGAGAUCUGCCUGGCUCUGCCUCCCGAGUGCGGGGAUUAAAGGCAUGCACCACCACUGCCCGGCUAAAUAACAUCUUGAAAGGGGUUAUCAUGCCUGAUGCUGAGGUUUUUUUCUUAGAUGGUCUAUGGCUCUUAGGGGGAGCAUGAUCAAAUCAAGUGGGGUAAUUUCACUUGAACUAUACACUGAUGUUCAGCGUGGCGCGAUAACCCCAAGGAUGCAGUAGUGGCACUGACACGUUGGUAACCCGCAGCUCUCUGCUUGUAUGUAAGACCUGUUCAACGGGAGGGAGAUCAUGACUGGCACUAGAAACCUAGCCAGCUACUGGGGCCAGUGACAUCAUGGCUGUCAGAGGACCUACUACCACUGCUCUACUAAACCAGCAUGGUUCCUACCUACAUUCUAGAGAUCCUUAUACCCACACUAAGUGUAGAUCUCACCCUUCAUCAGAGAAAUUCCCUUCGCAACAAAGACCACUGCAGCAAACCGUAGCUGGUCAAUACGUAAAGAACCAGGAAUCUUGGGGUUCCCAGCUCCAAAUGACAUACACAUCUGCAACACAACUCCUGCACCUAAGGCUCAGGGAACAUCUCAGGAGAGGGGCAGAAAUAACGUAAGAGCCAGAGGACCAGAAGAUCUGCUGUGAGACUGUGUCUCCUAGGAAUGCCAGGAGACACAAUAACAUGCUUGCUGAAACAAGGCCUGAAGAAGUGUACUUCCAAUAGGCAUGUUACCAUGGUAGGGAAAAUGUUAUGGCAUCCCACCAACAGAUCAAGAACUACAGAAUGUCAAGAGCAGGGGAAAACUGGUUAUCCAAUACCAAGUGGUUAGCCCUGAAAUUAUAUACACAUAAUCAAUGCUUACAUGGACUGCGCAGCUUGUAUUUUUAUAUUUAGGUGUACUCACGUGCAUGUGGGCAUACAAGUGCACUCCCAUGCGUGCACACACACGGAUAUGUAACAGUAACAAGGGAAGAGACAUGAUUUUGAGAGGGAACAAGAAUGGAGGGUGUACAGGAGGAAUUAGAGGGAGGAAAGAAAAGGGGUAAAUGAUAUAAUUUUAGUCAAAUAAAGGAAAAAAAAAGCCCCCUGUGGGGAACCAAUGAAGUCCUGAGUGAACGUGUGUAAUUGACAUGAGCACAGCCAUGUCAAGGACCCCAGUGCCUCAGGCUCACAAAGAUGACAAAGCCUUCCUCUGGGUCACACUCACAGGAGUGGCAAAGCCUUUUUCAGGUCCAAGUAAGAAUGCCAUCAACAACUGACCUUUAGCUAAAACCAGUGUGUACAGAAACAUAAUCAGCCACAGCGUCCUCCUCCCACAGCACUUCAACCUGAAACUGCUCCCUACAGAGACCUCUCAGUGAGAUUAGCUAACUGCCUCCCCUUACAUAAUAAACCUGUCUCCUUACUAAUGUUAAUAUAGAGUGGAUGCUAAGAUGGUAUAUUUUUUAAUAGACUGAAGAUGACCUUGACUACAUUGUACAUAUUCAUAGUCAAUCAGAUUUCCUGACCUCAUGAACAUGCCUUUCCUUGACUCUAUUUCCUGCAUAGUUCACCUGCUGCCAUUUACUUAGCUGGAUCUUGUUUCUUCUAGUACAGCAGCCUCCCAGAGCUGACGUAUUUAAAUCCAAGUGAUAGCCAGGGCACCGUGUCACCCACAAACUCCACCAGAAACAAACUUUCUGAUAACUUUCAGGGCAUUGCUAGUGGCCUUCGAGGUCCUUAUGGAUACCCCUCAUCUUCAGGGAUCCUCAGGUUUCCUCUGCUAGAGCUGGGAACUCUGUUGUUCUCUGAGGCUAUUAUUCCUGGUUAUUAGGAGCAUGUGAUGAGAAGAUAAAAGAAAAAUCAGAGUGCUUGAUAUGCUGCUGUUUAUAGAUGACUUAGGUGACCGAUUCCAGAAAGAAAAAGGGGCCAGGGGUAUUAGCUGGGUUAGAAUCAAUAAUCAACACAAUGCAGUAAAAGAAUCUCACAAAAGUUUUUCUUCGAUAAAUGAAAAUAGAUGGGACUACUCUGCCCCAAACAGACUUAGAAUGAGUUAUAACUACUCUGCCCCAAACAGACUUAGAAUGAGUUAUAAGUGGAGGUUUAGAUGUGAAGUGUGAAGUGCCUAUAGAGACAGACAGACAGACACACACAGACACACACUUUCUGCAGUAGUGUUGGAGUGCACGUUGCUUCAAAAGCUGUAUUGUACUGGGCCUUGUUUCUAGUCCUACAACUUAGUCCUUUAUAACCACAGUUAAGCUACUUCACUCUAACUGGGUUUUCUUAUCAGCAAAAUAUAGACUCCUUUUACCUAACAGGCUGUCUGGAAAUUAGAUGUUACAGUGCCUUAACCAGUGCAUAGUCUCAGCAGUUCAGUUCAUAAAGAGUAAUGAUAUUAAAGAUCCCAAACCAAAGAAUUCCAAAAUUACUUGAGAAAGUCUAGUCCUGUUUAAAAAUGAUUAAAUUUUUGAUCAUUCAAAGGCAAUUUAUAGCUUCACUAAUACUUUAUAUACUGAAAAGCAAUGAUGAAUUUUUCAUUCAACAAAUACUUAUUAGACCUCACUAGGACCCAGGACCACGCCCAGCUCAGGAGCCCUGGUGUGGUCAGGUGGACAGAAAGCCUUCCCCGUGGCAGGGCUACAUUGCCACACUGCCGAGCCUCGGAAAAGCAGAAGAGGUUCUGAGCUCCUGUAAAGUCAGAAAACAAAACAGUUUGCUGAAUGAAUGCAUGUUGUGGACAGAAACGAAGAUGACAUUUAGGAUUUGAGCCUUGCCAAGCGGGAGGAAGUGUCAUGUCAGCUUUUACAUACACAGAGUACAUGUGGGGACGGCAAAGGGGACAGUUUUGCAGAUCUUUGAAUCCGGUCCCGUCAAGUCAGCAGAUGGAAACACAACUGGGGAGUUCAGGAAGAAGGCCUUAGCUAAGGGGGGUAAUACUGAUCUUGAACGGUCUCUGUGGACUUCAAAGACUUCCCUUUAAUAUCCACAUCGGAAGUUGAUAAUGCGAUGCAUUACAGUUCUAAAUAUGCCCCUCCUUAAGCUUCAUUCAGCAGGCUGUCAGGACCAAGAGAAGGUCUUUCCAUCUACCUCUCAUCUGCAUGUUAACAGGCCCUGGUAAGGGGUCAAACAAAGCAGGCCCCGAGCGAGGGUGGCGAGGGUGGCGGCCAGGCUGCUUGGGAAUCAACAGUAGUAACAGUGCUGUUCCCACUGGUGCCUACAGUCAACUCUACCCCAGCCAGCAUCCACAGAGAUCAUCUGCACACGUCUGCAAGACCAAGUCUUUACUAAAGGGCAUCACAGCUGAAGAGAAUCCAGACAUUAGACUUCUAAGGGAGAAAAACAGUAACUUGCUAAAUGCCAAAGUGGGAGAAGAUUAAGCAGAUUCAACAGAACACUAGGAAAACCCAAACAUUCGAAAUAUGUUUUUCUAUUAACUACUUUUAAAGAAACUGCUAACAUCUAUCAUGUCUUAGCAUCUGCGUGUUUCUUGUGCUUUUUCUUUGGCUUUUUUUUUUCUUUCCGUUUUGUCCUAUGCUGGUUUGUUUUAUUUUUAUUUUCACGUCUAUUUUUUGCAGAUGCCGGUUUGUAUUCUAGUGAGAGAAAAAGAAAGGGUGUGGAUUAGGGUGGGUGGAGAAGUAGGAAUAGUCUGGAGGAGUCAGGGGAGGGGAAGCCAUAACUGGAAUAUACUAUAUGAAGAAAAAAAACUAUUUUCAAAAAAGUUUGAAAUUUAAAAAUCUAAUCAAAAGGUUUCUUUCUUUCUGCCCAAUGGCCAUGUAAUUUAUAACUUGUAAAAUUAAAAUUAUUAAGGAAAAAAAAAACCUAAAAGGGCCGAGGGAAAUGCACCUGUACAAAUGCUCAUGGCCCUAGCUGUUACCUGCCAUGCUUCACUUAUCAUUUUGUACAAUUUCUUCACAUUCUCUGCAGUCUAGCUCACAUGGGCCUAAGACUCUCAGGGAAGAGAGAAUGUGAGACAGAACACACCUAUCUGAGGGUUUACAGACCACAUUCUACUCAAAUAUUAACUAAAAAUUUUAAAGAAAAAUCUCUUCUGAGUGGUUUUUAAAAGUUAACAAUUUUUGGAGUCUUCGUUUCACACAAGGCAACAAGCAACAAAAUAAAAAUUAAAGUGACAGUCUCAACUAUCAUUUGCAAAGCACACUCCAGUUAACAAUAUUUCAGACAAGAUUCUCUAACUGAGGACAUAAAAUUGUAUCUUCCAACACUGCUAAAAAUUCAAAACUAAAUUACAACUAUGACUAAAACAUAAUAGGAAAAGAAAAGGCGGCCUUUUGUGAGCACCCAAAGAAUCCCUGCUCUGUACACAGCAGCACAAAAGCAUCUUCUGCUUUCAGGUUUCAACAAAUCCUGUUGCAACAACUCCCUCCCCUCCCCGCCUCUCCUCUCUGAGAGCGAGAACCUGGUAUUUAUCUUCUAGCACCGUCAGCGGUUCUCACCUCUCAUCUCUGAGUAGCCCUUUAUUUGCUAUUUUCACUCUAACUUGUGGGCACUUCGUGGGCAAUGUUCAGAUCUCAGAACCAGCCUCCUACAUGUGGCUUCUCCCAUCAGACACAGAAGACGUCUGGAGUCAACUCCGUGCAGUUAAGACUGUAAGGGCUCCCAGGAAAAGGUAUGGAGAGCUUGUAGACUGUUUUGGCAGCUAAGUACAAAACUCAGAGUAUUGCUUCAUUUGAUUUAGAAGUUACAUAUGUUAAAUAUUUUUGGUACGAAUGAAUCUUUUCUGGAAAACUAGCUUUAAAUUUUGAAAAAAAAAUCGACAGACUUCCUUUUGGCAAGCAGUUCAUAAAUCGGACACUUCCAGGUUCUGCUCUCCAUGUGAUUUGUUCUGGAAAUGUGAGUGCUCUCCCUAAAGAUUCAAGUCUCUCGCUUUGAGAGCAUUUCCUCGUCACUGUUGUCAUUACUACAAUUGCUGAACUAAGUGUGCCUUGAUUCUCCACCAGCCUGAAACUGAGGGAAUAUGCUAUAUAAACUUAUGCCUGUGGCUGGAGAGGAAGAUCCUAAGGGCAAGAGAGAAUGCCAGUGCAUUUGUAUACCUGGAGCGGGACAGUGACCUUCAUUUAGAGAACAUGUUCUUCUUUAACAUGAAAUCAUCUUCUGCAGGACAUGAAAUCAUCUUCUGCAGAAAGCAAGUGUUGCGCUAACUAGAUACAACGUCUUAGUAUUUACUUGCUUGUUUAGACUGUCUGCAAUUUAUUGCUGCCAGGACUUGUUAAUUAUGACAACAACUGACUGCAGGUCUGCAAGACACGGAAGUGUAGAAAACAUUGAUGGAAAGAAAAGGGCUAUAAUGGAAAAGCUGGAUAGACUGAUCAACAUAUAAAAAUUAUCCCAGCAAAGCAAAAGCGAAAGCAAACAUCAGGAUGAUCUUAGGCAGUGUUAGCAGUGAUCUCAACUGCUGGAAAACUCCUGGGCUGGAAAUGGUCUAUGAGACAGUCUCAUAGACUGACACCUGAACUCGGCAGCUAUUGUGAAACUGUAUACACACAUGUGCUUGAACUCGGCAGCUAUUGUAAAACUGUAUACACACGUGCUUGAACUCAGCAGCUGUUAUAAAACUGUAUACACACAUGUGCUUGAACUCGGCAGCUAUUGUAAAACUGUAUACACACGUGCUUGAACUCAGCAGCUAUUAUAAAACUGUAUACACACAUGUGCUUGAACUCGGCAGCUAUUGUAAAACUGUAUACACACAUGUGCUUGAACUCAGCAGCUAUUAUAAAACUGCAUACACAUGUGCUUGUCCCCCAAACCUCUGCCCUCUUAAGCUUUUAUCUUUCUGUUUUGCUUAUAGCGAGGAAAUGUGGAAAACAGAAGAAGCAAAUUGCCAGCAGCAGACUCGUCGUCCUAAGACCACUGAGGUUUGUACACACACUGAGUCAUACGAAUGUAAAAUCCCAGAGGCUCCUCCUCUAAAAUCACGGGACUGACAAACAGAGAACUCAAUCUGGGCAGAGGGGUCUCUGAUGUCCUAGGACAGGCUUGCAUCCACGGCAGGUCUGUGCUUCCACAGGCCCAGAUUAGCACCACUUCAGGUGUUUAAGAGGAGCCAACAUCAGCAUCUUGGUGAGAAGGGAAGCCAGACCACUGUCCCAGCCACACCCUCCGCAGGCCUUUGUUUUCCUGGGGAGCACUGCAGUGGUAAACACAGGGUGACAGGAAGGACAGAGACGAGGCAGCCCUGCAGAAGACCGUGGCAUGGAUGCUUCCACCUCAGUACACUGACUUGACAAAAUGAUGUUACUCAGGGUCACAGCUGAGGUUUCCUUCAGCUCUAGGAUUCUAAGAAAGUUAGGUCAGCCCAAGGAAGGAUAAGAAAAAAGCCAAAUGUCUCACUUUCUGGAAGAAUACUCAAGUCCAGAGAAAGAACAUGAAAGCAGGACCACCUCUAGGCUAUUUGGUUUGAAGAGGCUCACAGUGCCAUUUGUGAUGUGCAUGUAAAAGUCAUAAUAGUCACCGUAGUAUAUCAUUAAAAAUUACUUCAGAAAGACAAAAAGUAAAAAAAAAAAAAAAAAAAAAAAAAGCCAAUAUUGCAGCAUUCCCGAGAGCAUCAUGCUGCUCUCAAAGGAGUCCUAUCAGAUGGAGCACACAAUGGUAGAACAGGAAUACAAACAUGGUAUGAAGAAGCUGUUUUGUGUUUUAAAGCCAGCCACAAAGUAUAACAAGGGGUGGGGUACCAGUUUACCUACAGCCAACAAUGUGGCUAUUUCUGGAGUGGAAUUUCAAGAUUUUCUGUCACUGCUUCUGAAUCAUUUAUGUAACACGAAUCUUUUUUAAAAGGUCUUAUCAAUAAAAACAAACCUGGAGCCAGGUAUUGAGGUGAACACUGCAAGAUCAGAGAAACAGAACAAGCCACAGCCAACUUCACCUUGCCAAGUUCUCAGCUGAUCUUGUUUCCUCAGACUAGAAGCCUCUUGAGUCCUCAUUGGAAUGGAUCUCAGCUGAACUGUGCUGCUAAAAGCUUAAAAAGGCUCUAGUUCCUGGUCCUCAUGCCUUAUCUUUCUGCUUCCUGCCAUCACUUCCUGGGAUUAAAGGUGUGUGUCACCAUGCCUGGCUGUUUCCAGUGGCUUUGAACUCUGGAUCUCUGCCUCCGGAAUGCUAGGAUUAAAGGCAUGUGCUACCACUGCCUAAACCUUUGUUUAAUAUAGUGGCUGUUCUGUUCUCUGACUCCAGAUAAGUUUAUUAGGGUACACAAUAUACUGGGGGACACAAUAUCACCACAUUUAGGGGAGUCAAUUUUGCAGUUGAACACUUCUGGAUUAUAACUGGGAAGGAUUCUGGUUGCAAGUAGAAAGGAUAGUACCAGGGACAUAAGCUAAACAAAUGCUAACGUAGGUAAGAACUGCGCAGGACUCUAAAUUCCUUCAACAAUAUCCUGGGUCACACAUGGUGUGUGCUGAAUGAAGAUUUAAUUCAAACCAUUUUUCAGUUCUUAAGUUUUCCUAUAUCUAUAAAUUAUUUGGAGACAAAUUUAAGCUAUUUAAUGUUUUUUGGUUAUUUUCAUUAAAAUUAAAGUUAUUUAAAGUGAUCUACAAUGUUAAUAAGGUUCUAGAUCAGACAUCACAGCUACAUUUUGAAGUUUCUCAAUGAUCUAACAAGGUAUAUGCCCAUUUCACAGACAUUUUGAGCAUACUUAGGGUCUUAUGUGGAUAGCUCUACAUAUGCCAUGAAUCCAGCCAGCACUGGUUAUGAUGCUAAACUCAGUAGAAUGCUAUUCCGCAGGCCUACUUAGGAACCUUUCUGAGAUGGCAGCAUCCUCAUUCACUGUGUGUAUGCCUGUGUGUACGUGUGUGUGUGUGUGUGUGUGUAUACAUGCAUCAUAGAGACAAGGGUGCUAUUCAGGUGUUCUGGCUCCUGUGGGGAGCCUUCGAUUACUUAUUCUUUUCCUCCCCCAAUUCUGCUUCUGCUUUUUCCCUAGCUUUUGUUACCUGGUUCUCAACUGCACAGACCAGCUACUGACCUGACCACGCACCACAAUUAACCAUUGGGAUCUCCUAGGAGAACAGAAGUGAAGAGUAAGAGCAUGGCCUCGGCAGGUCUCCAGCUCCUUGCUUUCGUCCUGGCCCUGUCUGGGGUCUCGGGGGUCCUCACCGCCACUCUGCUGCCCACCUGGAAGGUUACCGCAGCUCUAGGCUCCAGCAUUGUAACUGCGAUUGUACAGGUGCACGGGCUGUGGAUGGACUGUACAUGGUACAGCACUGGGAUGUUCAGCUGCUCUCUGAAAUACUCCAUCCUGUCUCUACCCAUCCAUGUGCAGACCGCCAGGGCCACCAUGGUCCUGGCCUGCGUUCUGUCUGCUCUGGGGAUUUGUACUUCGGUAGUAGGAAUGAAAUGCACUCACUUAGGAGGGGACACACACACCAAGAGUCAAAUUGCUUUUGCUGGAGGAAUCUGCUUCAUGACUGCAGGGAUCUCUGGCUUAAUCCCAACAGUGUGGUACACCAAGGAGAUCGUAGAAAACUUUCUAGAUCGGACCGUUCCAAAAAGCAACAAAUAUGAACCUGGAGGAGCCGUCUACAUCGGGUUCAUUUCGGCGAUGCUACUACUUAUCUCUGGUGUUAUUUUCUGCAUUUCUUAUAUAAAAAAGAACCCGAAACCAUGGAUCUACCCUCCCAAGCCAGAACAUACCUCUACCUGGCAGCCAGAGAAGAGGUUAGCUUACAACCUGAAGAAUUACGUGUAAAGAGCUGUGCAAUGAACAUGCAGUGAGGCUUCCGGGACCUGCUAAAACUUUAUCAGAAUGAAGAAAACAAAACAAAACACUCUUAUGCUUAGCUUCCUUUACAAAGAGUACAAAAUAUCAAAAAAAUUGUGAGGUACUUUAAAAUGCCAACAAACUACUGUCUACAAUUAUAUCUGUCUUGAAUUUCUUUAUUUUCCUAUUAUUGCAUUCAUGUUUUAUUUAAAAGUAUAUAAUUGAAAGAGGCCUGACUAUAUUAAUAAGGUGAUGGGUGACAGCAUUUAUUUAUUUUUAAAGAUAUAUUUUAGAAUAGUUUUUUGUAGUUAUGAAGUAUAAAAAGUACCUUCUCUUGGUGUUGAUCAAGAAUAUUGCCUAUUUUGCCCUCUGGUGGGCAAUGCCUGAGUAGUCUGCAUCUGUUUUAAAGCCACAGGAUGUGGAGAACACAGCACCAGAACGCACGCAGAUGUUGCCACCCCAAGCCCCAGCUUCCACUCUAAUUUUUAUGUGUGUUAUGGUAUUAUAAUAUAUGCAAACUAAACUUAGGUAGAAUGAAUGAACUGGUAGACGCUACUGCAGCACACAAAAGCCAAUGUAAGCACAAACUAAAAUAUGGCACUUUUGAAGUACAGCCAACUGAUAAGAGCUCCGCUUGCUUUAAAUUACCCAAGGCCUGCUCUUUCUUCUGCACCCAGAAAACAGAUAAGUUCAUUUCUCCAAUUGCUUAGAUUUACCCCAUCCUAAUGAAUCUCACAGUUAGCACUCUUUGACUCAGUUACUUUUUUUUCCCUUUGAGACAGGGUAUUAGAUAAGUCACACUGCUUCCUGUGUGCUUAGAGACAUGUUCUACUACGCUCAGCUUAGUCACUUUUAAGUUGUACUUUUCCCUCCAAUUUUAUUCAAGUUAACAAAAACACUGUUGUUCUCUUAUAAAUGAGCAUCUUUGGUUAACAGAAGUAAAAUAACUUUUAAAGUAUAAAGAAUAUUUUUAGAAUGCUUAUAAAUUAUGACAUGUAAUUAAAAUAUUCUAACAAAAAUUUGAACUUUUCAUAGGUGCAAAGAAACACUGUAGUUUUCUAGUAAUCUCCUUGCUAAUUUAUGCUAAACUGAUUGCUUAUAAUACAACUGCUAAAGGAAGAAGACUGCAUUAAUGACUGAGGAAGUGGAAAGAUGUUUAUGUGAAUAAAUAAUCUGCACUUGUGUAAACAAAAAAGACAAAAAUACUUCAAUUCACUUACUUAGUAGACCUUCAUGCUCUGCAACAGUCAUGUGGUAAUAGAACAGUUGCAGGUAAGUUUGAGGUCUGAGAGAUCAUGUCCUAUGAGGUAUCUUCAGUGGAACAUACAACAAUUCACACUCAUAUACGUAA